AUGUCCUCGACCACCAGCACGCCCUACGCCGAUAAGAUAAAGUCCAAAAUCGAGCAGACCAUGAACCCGGUCUACUUCCAGCUCUACAACGACUCGCACAAGCACGCGCACCACAAGCCGAUGGCGGGAAACACCAAUCCCGAGACGCACUUUAGACUUGAGAUUGUGUCGGAUUUUUUCGAGGGAAAGAGACUGCCGAUGAGGCAUAGAGCUGUGUAUCAGUUGUUUGAGAAGGAGAUGGCGGAGGAGGGUGGGAUUCAUGCGAUGCAGCUCAAGACGCUCACGCCUAAAGAGUGGGAGGAGAGGAAGGCCAAGGAGGCCUUAUGA